CGCGCCUGUGUAAGCUCCCAACACGAGAGGAGACAAGAUGUUUCAUGUGAAGAUGGAGGACUGCCUGAAACGUGCAGACUCUUCUUCGUUGGUGUCUCUGCUGCAGGGGGAUCUCUCCUCUUAUUCUCUGACGUCGCUGAGCCAGCUCGUCACCACGGAUCUGUGUGUGUCGGGCAUCAGUAGAGUUUCAGUGGUGAUGAAAUCUCUGGAAGUUUUAUCAGAAAACACAAACGAUCUGCAGAAGCUGCUGAGCCUCGGACUGGCCGCUAAAGUGGAGCGGUGGUUCGAAGCGGUCCAUGGUCUGCUGACCUCUGACCCCCCAUCAUGCCCCCCCCCCCUGCUGAGUGUCACUGAGCAGUUCUACGACUUCUUCCAGCUGAUUGGUCCGGCUCUUCCAGUCAGUCAGCUGUCUGUGUUUCUGCAUCAGUUGGCUGGAUUCUCUGUGGAAACAGGAAUCAUCUUUCGCCUGAGACUGGAGGCAAUCCGAACUCUGAACAGCAUCGUGGAAUCUCUGAGCCGAGAGCCAAGGAGACGACUCCAGAACCUGAACCACACCCAGAUGCUGUCCCAGCUUGCAGCAGCAGUGCUGACUGUUGGAGACUACGAGCUGCAGGCCAGCCUAUCAGAGGCUCUGUGCCGGCUGACGCCCAUGAAGGAGCGCCGGCCAAGAGCUAAUCAGUGGUUCCCAAUCCGUGACAUCAGCAGCGCCUUCUGUGACAUGAGAGACCGGGACUUUGAGGUGGACUGUCGUCGCUUCCUGAAUUUUGUAAACAGUAACCAUGGAGACCAAAGAAGGGUUUACACCUUCCCCUGCCUCCGAGCCUUCCUGGAUUCCAACGAGCUGUUUCCUCCCAAAGACGAGAAGCUGGACGAGUUCUGGAUCGAUUUCAACGUCGGAUCUGAGUGUGUGAGUUUCUUCAUCGACGAGCCACAGGGCUUCCUGUGGGGGUCUCUGCACCUGCAGCAGGAGGACGUGGAUUUCUACAGCCUGCAGGAAUGCAGUUGGCCAGAGACGGUCCUCAGCGUCUGGCUGAAAUUUCCCAUCAUGCACCGGGACAGCAGAGGUCAGGUGGUGCAGCUGAGCUUCAACAGUGAACACCUGAGAAACCUGCAGCAGGCGGCGGGGCUCGUCCUCCCGAAAAUGAAGCGUUCCUCAGAUGAUACGGUCCUGGUGUCCCCCCCCGCUGACAAACACAAUGGAAGACCCCACAGUGACAAACCAAUGAGCAAGAGCCAGCCGAAUGUCUUCCACCGGCCCUCCCCCAGUAGUGGAGAGGAGUCACCUGUUCCGAAGAAAGUAAAGAGUUCCCCUGGUGGUACGGUCCAGGUCUCCCCCCCCGCUGACCAACACAAUAAAAGAUCAUACAGCAGGAAGAAGCCAAUGAGCAAGAGCCAGCUGAAAGUCCUACCCCUGUCAUCCCCCAGUAGUGGAGAGGAUUCACCUGUUCGAAGGAAGGGCUUGGUUCUGACAGCAGGAGGUUACCCGUUAGACCAAACUGAGGGCCUGUUGGCCCAGGAUGGGAGGGAGGAGCCUGAGCUGGAUGCGGAGGAGUCUGGGGGGGAGGGGCCUGACUGCCUGCAGACGGAGUCCUCACUUGAAGGCGCGGGGCUACCUCUAGAUGGGGCGGGACCUGUGAUGGAGGCGGAGCCAGGGUCUCACCUGCCAUCCGAUAUCACCGCUGCCUUUAACACCUUCAAAACUCAGCUGGAUCAACGCUUCACCAGCCGCUGGAGGAGCGUGGAGACGGAGGUUCUCCGGUCCUUCACAAGAUGUCAACAACAGGUCUCCUCCCUGCUGACAGCUGUCCAUCAACACAGGUUGGUGUUGCGGCACAGGUUUGAGAGCAGUGUUACUGAUCAGCUGAAGAGACUCCAUGAGGAAUCCAACCAUUUGACCUCCAUCAACACUCAGACCCUGAACGUCUUCCAGACUGAGAUGCAGCAGCUGGGAUCCUUCUGUGAGGAACACCUGCACAGGCAGGAUCUGACAGAGAGGAAAAACACAGAACUCCCUGAAGAGAAAACUCAGAGCGACUAA